CCUAGGACGAUUGGUCUGGGAUACGUAAAUGCAUGACCGAUGCUCCAAGAUGGCUACUGAUAUAUAAAAGACACGCGUGGACGUUGGUCACUAGACGCUGCUCAAACCAUUUCCUCUCUCUCACGUUUAAGUCGGUGUGUGUAUUCAGUGUGUGUAUUCGGUGUGUGUAUUCAGUGUGUGUAUUCUUGCAUAUGUCAGUGAAAUCAAUACCAGAUGUUGAUGAUAACAUGGCGGAAACUAAGGACAAACUUCAGCUCGAUGACUCCUCCUUGUUUAGAACAAUAAAUUCCGAAAGCUCAUCAGAGAUUGAAGAACUUUUGAGACUGUGUGAUUCCAAAAGUACACACUUCUCUAACCACGCCCUGAACUGGGCAGUCCUACAGGCUUGUAAUAUAGGCCACGCCCAUUUACUUCAGUUUCUCCUCCAAGAUGGCACGCGAUUAGAACUCAGGGACGACAACGGAAACACACCUCUUAUGAUUUGCUCCAUGCGAGGUUUUCCAGGCAUUGUGGGUAUACUUCUGGGCAUGUCCGCAGACGUCAAUGCUAAAAAUAAGAAUGGCGAUACGGCGCUAAUGUUGGCUACGUCAAUGGAAGUAAUCAAGUGUUUAAUAGAGGAUGAACGUUUACACCUAGAUGAACAAAACUCCACUGGGAACACUGCCUUAAUGUCAGCCAUAGAAACAUCUCAUCUCCAGAAAGUCAAAUUGCUGAUCAAUGCUGGAGCUAACCCGAAAAGAGAAGUCUCAAAGACUUGUCAGACUGGAUUACUUGUCAAUAGUUCAAAUGAAAGUGCCUUUGAUGUGGCCAAAAGAAUGGGGUUCGGUAAGCUGCUAGACUUGCUAUAUCGUGCCAAAUUGGUCAACUCAAAUCCUUUGCAGUUGGCCGCUGUUGAAAAUGACUUUGAGGCCUGCAUUGCGCUGCUGAAGUAUAAAUUAUGUGAUAAAGAUGAAACUCAAAAUAUUCAGCCUGACAUCCUCUGUCAUGUUCUUCGACAGAUACAGCAAAAGGAAGCUAUUCUUACAUCUGAUGUUGAAUUAGUUCAAGAGCUAUGCAGAUUAGGCAUGGACGUCAAUAGAUGUCAGUGCUGUACGAAGUCUCACAUGGAGCUCGUGCUGAACAUUGGAAGCUACGAACUGGCUGAAAUUUUUUGUGCUCACGCCGUUCAGGUUACUCACGACGAUGUGGUGUCCGCUGUUAAGGCAGAACAUGUCCGGAAUAUUCACCUUCUAGUAAACCAUGGGGCACCAGUUAACAAAUUCAACGAUCGGGGCCUUUUGACGUACAAGGAUUCUGCUCUAGAUAUUGCAUUGCAGAGCUCAUUAACGAGUGCAGCCAGCGUCCUUCUUUACCACGGUGCUGACCUCGACUCCGACUGUGCUGUCACUCAAGCCUUCAAGAGCAAGAACAUGAAGACGCUCUACUUUCUUCUGACAGAGUGUGCUGAAGCGACUAAGGCUGUGAUGCUAAAACCAGAAACUUUAAUACGAGCUGUGAAGUUAGGAGACAUUCAGCUAAUCCAGAUUCUGCUAGAGGCAGGAGCGGACAUUGACGGUGUCCACAACAACAUGACUCCACUUAUGAGCGCUUUCGACAUAGAGGUCAUAAAGUUUUUAUUAAACAAAGGAGCCAAUGUAAAUUUCAAAACUACCACAACAGCUUUGAUCUACGCACUAUCUUGGGAUUACUUCGACGACAUCAACUCGACCAUCCGUCCUAAGCUAAGCCCCAUAGAGAUGGAAGAGAAAAUGUUACCUGUGAUUAAUUUGUUUCUCAAACAUGGCGCUAAUUUAGAAGACUCUGUUGAUUAUGGGUGUACAGCUUUGAUGGAUUCCGCUAAAGGUUACUUUAGCACAGAGAUUCUCAAAUAUUUGAUUCAUACGGGAACCGAUGUAAACCAAAGUGACGAAUUGGGCUUGACAGCACUGCACGGUGCAGCGACUUAUCACAAAUUAGAUUUCGCUAAGGCUCUUUUAAAGCACGGAGCUGUUGUAAACUUGAAAAGUUUCAAUGGGCGAACCCCGCUACAUGAGGCUGUGAAAGAUGUAAAUAUCACACAUUUUUUUCUGGAAAAUCAAGCCAAAGUAAAUGCUAAGGAUGUCUAUGGAAACACACCACUGUCACUAGCAGUGAAGUAUUCCGGAGACAUGGUCGAUGUUGUCAAACUCCUGAUUGCCUCUGGUGCUGAUGUCAACCACAAAAACAAUUCAGGCAUGUCUCCUUUAUGGUUGGCCGCCCAAAACUUCAAUUUAAAAUGCAUGGAAUCGUUAAUCGAGGCGAAAGCUGAUUUAGGCCAUAGUGAGCAGCAUCAGAAGUCAGCAUUGUCCGUACUGCUUAACGAUUGGUUACCCAGUAAACAAUGCCAGGAAACAGCUUCGAUACUUAUGCAACAUGGUGCUAGUGCAGAAUUUGUCAGAUCUGACGUCAUUCAUCGCCUCAUCGCUGCUGGAAAUGACGGCAUUCUGAUUCAGAAACUUAUAAAAAGUCGUUUUUGUCCAACAGACAUCAUUCUGAAGAGUCCUGUUUUGAACUGGCCUGAGACUUGUGUCUCUCCUCUUGCCGUUUCAUUAAUUUUAGACAGUGUUGACUUCUGUCUUUAUCUAAUUGAGAAUUGGUAUUUGACCAAAUCAGACAUCAAAAUUUUAUCCAGAAACAAAAGGAUACUACAUUUCUUACAACAACGCAGAACUAAAGCUCUUUCAUAUCUGAAGCAAGUCUCCCGCCAACCAAUGAGGUUGGAGCUUUUGUGCUUCAUUACCGUCUCGUCUGCUUUAGGCUCUGACCGGGGCAGACGUCAAAGGGUACAUAACUCUAAACUUCCAGUCCCAUUUCAGGAUAUGCUCUUGUUCUCGAAACUAGAGGUCAAGGUCCUUCAGCAAGUGACUAGAAUGGGGACCAGUUUUCUUCAAGAACUGUCAGAAAACCAGGUCGAGGAGAACGACGAGGACUGA